CAUGAAAUAGACAAAUGGCGGUCGAGCGAAAACACGAUACUUUCACUAUGUGUUACGUCUAUCGUGACGAAGCCAGUUUGUAUGAAGAGUAGAGCGAGAAAACUUUCCUUCCCUGUUUUUAGCGAAGAAAGCGAACGAUGGCUGCACCGCGAGACGUUUCCCACGAAGUUAGUUCCAGUGGUGUACCUGCCACCGAUCAAUUUGCAACAAUGACACGCGCUUUUCAAAUGAACGCGACGAUUCGCGCGAAGACAUUAUCAGCAGAUUUGAUUGUGAUUUUCUCUUAGGAAAGGCGUCGGAAGUGCCACACGAAAUUGACAACAUGCUUUUGGUGUAUAUCCACGUGACGACAUUGAUUAGAAAAUCGAUCGCGCAAAGUCGCUUUAUCUUCCGUUUCUUGAUGUGAAAGCGACGUGGCAUCACGCACCGCUUUUGUCUCGCGCAUUUCAAAAUAGAUUUGAACUUGUUAUGUAAGAAAAAACAAAUAAUCGUCGUUGUGCGAACAAUAUAGCGUGAGUGUGCUAAUAAACGAGCCGACGAUCGAAACGUCGAAACUUCAGUGGAUCAAGCUCGAUUAGUACGACUGAGAUCUCGACAGAACACGCUUCGUUUAUGAAAAAGCCGCGUUUUAAUUUUAAUCGAUUUACUUAAUCAGUGUAGUGUUAUUUGUUUAUAAAUUUUCCUGUCAAAUUGAAAUAGUCAAGAUGAUCAAUACUGUAUCCAGUGACAUCAUGGAAGAUUCGGUAGAGAAACACCUGCGUAUUAUCAUAAAAGAAGGCGCGGAGACACCAAUAAGCUAUGAAUGGGAGAAUCCGGAAUUGCCGCCAUUCUACGACGAGAAGAAAUUUCGGAUCGGUCAGCAAGCCUUUUCGAAGAAUUACUUUUCCAUGAUGAUUGCAAAGCUCUGUGGUCUCGUGUCCCUCUUGGCUAUCAAAACCAUACUGGAUGUGAUCAUAUUUACCAAAAGAAGCGGAAUCCCUUGCUUGGCGUAUCGCAGAUAUGCGUCGACGAUUCUUCACACAUUAGUAUGGCACGAAAAGAACCCCAAGGGCAAACCCAACGAAUUCUUAGAGUCAGUGAAGAUCGUGCGGAAAAAACACUGCGUUUCGUUCAGAAGAAGCACUGAGGCUGGUGUUCACAAACCGACGCAACUGGAUAUGGCACUGGCGCAGUUCGGAUUCAUCGGAUAUACUAUAAUCAGCGGGGACUAUCUGGGAGUGAAAGUCACUCACGACGAACUGGAAGGUGUUGUGCAUCUGUGGAGGGUUAUCGGAUACAUGCUCGGGAUGGACGACAGAUUCAAUCUUUGCGCAGGAACCGUGGAAGAAACUCGUGCUCUUUGCCAGAGAUUGUUAGAAGAGGUGUUUCUGCCUUCUAUGGCAAACAGAAACGAGCACUUCGAUCAGAUGGGCAACGCGAUGCUGCAGAGCAUGUGGCCCGUCUCCUAUGACAUCGAACCGAUAGCAUUUAUUACAUUCACAUUUCAUCUUGCGUCUACGACUGCACGCAACAAUAAUCAGUUAAUCAAAAUAGAUACGUCGAGUAUGCCGUUUCGCAGCUGGUACUUGUUCAAUCUGCAGUGCUUUGUCUUGAAAUACUUAAUGCGACCGGAUGCCUGGUGGUCUGUAUUUUUCCGUGCAUUUUUCAACAGCCUGUUACGACUCUCGAUCUUUUUUAUGAGACAUUUUCCGUUUAACGCUUAUUUGUGUUUCGGGAAGAAAUACGCCAAAGUCGAUAUUUUUCAUGAUCACUAUGACUAAUAAGUAACAUAUAAGUAUUUUUAUAGUCAAUUUAUCGAGAAAAAAAGAUAUAUACUGCCAUUAAACAAAUAUACAAUUAUAAAAAUUAACAACUUCGAUUAUAAGAAAAAUUUAUGACGUGAUUAAGCAUGAUGUUUCACAAUUAAUUAUAGCAAUAAUUUAUUAAUCAACACAUUUAUUGUUAUACGGGUAUACAGGGUAAUAUAUAAUAAUGAUUGGACAAUGAAUAAUUUUCAAAUAAUUAUCGUAAAAUAUCAAGAUAUCACGUUUUUACGAUACACAAAAAACUUCUCAGAAAAAAUUAAUUAUAUUCUAUACGAAACGAUUUUAUAUGUAAACUAUAUAGAUAAUUAUUUAGUAUAAAGGAGGUAGACUUUCGAUGACCUUGACAUACGUCGUCAAGCACACUCUCCCGAGUAAUCUCUAAGAAGUUUUAGCUGUCGCUUAUUGUUUAUUAAAAAGUUAUUUACAAAAAAACUUAUGCAACGUUGCUUUGCGUGGAAAGUUAUGAAGACAGUGUGUUCCGCCUCCUACGGAGAGGCUCCAUUAUCAAAGAAAACUAAACAUAGGUUUGGGUUGAAUCUAUUGUAUAAAGAACUUGCUACAACAAACGACGACUAAAACCAAGGUUCCACAUGGGUUCACAAUUUUCCAUGCAAAGCGAGAUUCAAUCCAAAUUUAUGUGUCUCUAGACACACACACACUUUCUACGCGAAGCGACGUUCCACAUGGUACAUCAGUAGAGCAUUACAAAUUCUAUUUAGUUGAGUUUUUAUUUAAACAUCGUUUUGCCAUGAACGUAUAGACAAAUUUUUCACUUUCAUGUCAGAAAUGUAUCCUCUCAGUGAUAUUUUAUUACAAGAUACUGAAUAAUAUUUAUGUGUCAUAUUAAUAACAAAAAUUUGUAGUGUUGUAUAAUAUUGCAAAUAAUAAGAAAAAUGUUGGUUUUUAACAUUCGUUUGUGUGGUCAUAUUUAUGAAUAACUUUUCAACAAAUAUAACGAGCGACGGCUAAAAACCUUGAUUGUUAAUCGAGUAUAUGUUCUUGACAACAUGAUCAACAUCAUCGGAGCUGCUCUAAACUAAAUAAUUAUCAUUAUGUAUUACAUAUAAAAUAUCAUUAUGUAUUACAUAUAAAAAGAAGAAGUGCUCCUGACAACAUGUGUACUGUAAUGUGGCCUAUGUAACGUAAUUGAUCAUCACGGCUAAGCGGAACGAAAUGGUUCUUCUAAGAAAACAACACGUGCCUGAAAGCAAAAAGUCAAGUCUUUUUAUUCUCAAUUUUUUUAUACGUUAGCAUACAGUGGUAGUAUUAAAAUUUACAGAUAAAAAUAACCAAAAAUUUACAAACAAAAACUUACAGCUAUAUUUGAUGUAUAUAUUUAAAUGUGUAUCUUUAAGAGAGUACAACGCAGUGCUCGAAUUUUAUUUGCAUCGAAGGAUUUUCAUAAGUGUUACGCUGCUCGCUUUCUCUUCCGUGCCGCACUUAUCUCAGCGACGGUCAUUGCUUUGUCAUCGGUGGUGAGACGCGUUUUGAUAUUGCAACGGGGACCAUCGCUGAAGUAAGUGCGGUGAAGAGAAACUGAGAGAGGCGUAGCCGCAUACGUAUAGCGCUCAAAAAAAGCUUUCGGCAGUUGCAAGUAAAUUCAAACACUGGAAUAGAGAAUAAAUUUCUUUAUAAUUUAAUUUUUUUGAUCUAAUUAACAGAAUCAUAAUUUACAUGUUUUAAUUAUAAACGCGAUAUAUUAUACAUAUUUAUAAGCAAUAUAAUAAGGAAAUGA